AUGAUCAAUGGUGUUUGCUUUCUUAAAAAAAUAUAUUGUUAUCCAUGGCUUGGAUUAUCAGGAUUUUUUAUGCUUGUACAUUUUGGAACUGUGAUAAUUAAAUUCAUAUACAUGAUUUUUAAUUCAUGCCCAAUUCCAAUUAAUUCUUUUCUUGAGAUAAUUUCAAUUUGGGUUUUGGAGAUUUAUUUAAUUGGCAGCGUCUAUAACUACAGUCAAAAAUUAAAUAAGCAAAUGGAAAAUACAUUAAGACUAACAAAUGGAAAUAAUCAACGCAAUAAUUCAUCAAUUGAAACUAUCAAUACUCUUGAAACCAACAUUUCAUCAUACGACAAUUUUGGAGUAGCAAUAAAUGAUCCAGAAAAUCGUCAUUCAGUUAAACUAAAUCCUGUUCGUAUGAUGAGUUUCGAUAUUACUAAUUAAACUACUUAAUUAUGUUUUAUAUUGCUCAGCUAAUAAAUUAUAAUUUUUUUAUAUAAAUGAUUUUUAUCAUUUAA